UGCCAAGCUGCCAAAGUGACAUUUAUUUACAUCAAUUCAAAUAGAAUAGAAUACCUUAGACUAGACUGAGCACAGUGGCGAAAAAUUUAAAUUAUUUUUAUUUUUGAUAAUCCUAGAUAAAGAUGAGUUUGCAGAUAAUAAUUAUAAUAAUGUUAAGUACUUGCAGCAGUUACUGUAACAGCGAUUUAUUAACAGGACCAGACCCUUGGAAUUACGAAGUUGUGCAAAGACCAGAUAAACAACAAGAAACUGAUUUACCACCGGAUCUGAGAACACCAUUGAAAAAAGAAAGGCCUGCUGAAUCAAAAUUUGCCUAUGGAGAAUGGUGGUUUAAACGAUUACUCGCUAUUGUGCUGAAAAAUGGACAAUUCCAGGAAAAUGGAGAGGGCAUUGUGGAUAUCUCUCUACAAAUGAGAUUCGAGCCUGAUAGAUGGCAAGUACUAGAUGAGUACCUAAAAUCAGAAUCUCCCUUGUCUAAUGAUAAGUUUAGACGUUCAGUGGGAUUUGUUGAAGAUGCUAUUUAUAAGCCAACUAUUACUGACAAAAUUGUAAUGGCAUGGAGUGAUUACAUUCAAGUAUAUCUAAUGGAAUAUAAGACAUAUAUUACUCUACUGUUGGGUCUUCUGGCUGCAGUUGGAGUAGUGAUGUGGCUCUGGAAACAUAUGUCUCACAAACAUGUUAUCAUCAUUAUAUUAGCCUUUUUAUAUGUCUAUGAAGUUUUUAUAUCUUAUAAAGAAGCUGAACAACAGGAGUAUGAGAAAUUUGUAUCUGCUGUCAAUACUUGCAAGUGGUACUUUUGGACCACAGAAUGCACAGUUCCACCACCAGAUCCACUAUUGUUCAUGAAACACAUGAAUCCACUAAAAAUCGCAAUCAGAAUGUUUACAUCCUUUAUAUCUGAACCUAUUAUUGCUAUUAACUCCACCAUAAAGAUCAUGCUCCAUGGUGUUACAGAUGGACUAAUGUUCCCGUUUGAUAAAAUAGUGUAUGGAUUUUCAAUAUUAGUUGUAAACAUUUCAUUAAUAUACCUUCUUGUGAUGGUUGUGUUCAAUUUUAUAUUCAAUAUUCCAUUCAACUUAAACUUCCUUGGAGUUGUUAGUGUUGGUGUUAGACAAAAUAGGAGAUCAUUAUUUUCAACAAACAGAAAUGAACAGGCAGAAAUACGAAUUAAUGAUGCAGACAGAAUAAGUGGUGACAGAUUAGACAGACUUUUAAAUGUUUGCUCCCUUGCUCUGACAAAUAUAAAUAAUGUUCCAAAUAGAGCCAUAUUAAAUGCAACAAACAACAACGUUCCAAUGUUACGAAGGUCAGCAAGCACUGGGCGUUUACCUAACUCUUCAUCAGAUACUAAUGAUCAACUGGCCAUUAACAGCAACUUUAGAAGAAGAAUAAAUGUUGGCAGGGGUGAUGGAGAUCAUUAAAAAAAUUAAGGAUACUUUUAUACACAUUAUGUUUUUAUAUAUCUAACAAUUUAAUAAGCUUAUUUCUGUACAUAGAUUACGCUUGUGAAUACAAAUAAUUGAUAAUAACUAUAAAUAAAUGCAUUUUAUUUAAUUAGUUAUAAAAAACUGCAAUUAUUUGUAUUUAUUAAUAUUCUGUGAUAAUAAAAUGUAACAUUUUAAGGGUAUUUCUUGUAUAACAGGGAAAUUUCAUUUUCCAUUGUAAUGUUCUAGUCUAAACUACAAUUUAGGUGACAUAUAUUUGCAUUUUCGUGUCAUGGAUGUAGCUAAUAUUUUAUUUCAAAUAUCUUACUCAAUAUAGAUUUCAAUAUCGAGUGUACAGUCAUACACACAAAACAGACAGUACGAGAGUAAGUAAUAUAUUCAUUUUUUAUACAGUAAAUAGCCUUUAUAUACUUCCAAUAAUAAAAUGUAAUUGUAUACUUAAAAUGAAACUCAAUCUACCUAUUCUUUGCAUGUGUUUAGUAUAUGAAUGAAUAAUUUGUAGUGGUCUAGAAUAUUAUUCUCCUGUCGAAUUUAUACUUUUUAAACGCCUGUAUUAAUAAGUCAAUGUUCUAACGUUUUAUAUGUAAUAUGUAAUAUCGGUAAACCCUAAGUUGUGAAGAAAAAUAUUGUGGAAAAAGUAUUGUUUUUUUUACAUUUUUUAUUGUUUUUAUGUGUCGAAUGAAAUAAAACUAA